GACGUUCAGACGCACAGAGGACGCGCUGAGAUCACGCAGAAGCCAUCGCGAGAUUUGACGGGCAACAAACCGCCCCGUGGUGCUUUGCAGCCUUCUCUUUGCAGUCGGCGCCUCCGGAGAAGGAUGGGUGAGUAGCUUGCGAAGCUGGAGGGUGAGGUCCUUCCAUCCGUUCCCAUCCGGCCAGGUGGUCGAUCCAGCGGGGAUGCAGCUCAAGUAAUGGGGGACGGGGGCGUUUGCACGAUUCAAUGCAGGGUCUAUUUGGGCCGGUGGCUCCUUUUUGCCGCUUUCAUGGUUGGUCCCCGCCUCGGCCGCAGGUUGUGCCUGGGCCUGCGUGCCUUUGCCAUUUUGACGCGUUGGCUGCCUACCCUGGAGGAAGGGUCUGCGGGAAGCGGCCUCCCACUGGCGUUGAGCCAAGGGCCCCCUUCGCGUUCCUUUGCCCCGUGUUGCUGUGAUGAAGCAUCUUCCACCGAGAAUGCCGUGCGGAGACAUUUUUUACCUUGGAGAGCUGAGUAACUCUGGGCAUAAGGAACUCUUGCAGUCGGCUGAGGAGAAAAGGCCCUGCUCUGUGCCGCGCGCUCGUCUUCACCAUUUGGCUUUUGUUCUGUCCGCUCAGGUAUCUCCAGGGACAACUGGCACAAGCGCCGCAAGACCGGGGGAAAGCGAAAGCCCUACCACAAGAAGAGGAAGUAUGAGUUGGGGCGACCCCCUGCCAAUACCAAAGUAUGUGCUUGUAGCGAAUAAUUACUUGUGCAGCUAGCUGUCUCUUUGUGUUUUUGGUGCUCAGCUUAUGACUGCAAAAUCCCUGUUUAAAUUAGAAAGCAUAUACAGUAUAUGUUUCUUGAAGUACUUGAGACUUCCAUGCACUGCUCAGGACCCCUCAGUAUUCAUUGCAGGGGUUCUUUGUUCUUGAGUAACCUGAAAGAGCACACUUUAAAAUGCUGAUCGUAUGGGAUUAUCCUAGUUUAGAGUCAUCAAAGGUUCAUGUUAUAAAAGAUAGUAAUUUAUUUUUGUGUGCUUGACCUGGAAGUAGUAUGAAUGUGCAAAAAUUAGACUAUAAUCAGAGUACAACUCAUAAAUUAUAACAUAAUAAAAGUGUGCCCCUGAAUUUCCCAGUAGUAAGUGUGCUCCAGAGUUUAUUUUUCUGACUGUGAGUAGCAUGCAGCAAUUUCUUUCUUGUACUUAUAUGUAUGGACCAGGAUCCAUUCUACUUUGUGUUCAUACAACUGCAGGGGCACUCUUGGUGGGAUGUUUGACUUCAAGCAACUGAAGCACACCACAAAUAUGCCAUUUCACAAAUUGCAUCUGAAUUUCCCCUUAGACUCUAUAGUGCGGCAUGGGGAGUUAAACACAAGUCCAAAGUCUGGUGUGCUGGAGUAGUUGCAUAAAUAAGUAGAUCUGAACCAUUAUAUUUGGAAUGGGAGGCAACUGGAGUGAUGAGAGCUACACCUUAGGUGGAUGCGAGACCGUUUUGGUCAUUGUUGCACUCACCAAUGCUAGGGGUUGUCAUAGUUACACUGACCAUGUUGCCAUGUGGUUUGAAUAUUUGUAAGAAGAUUUUAGUGCUGUGUACCCGUGUGGUUUGACCUAGUCUGUUCUGUUUUGUUGUAGAUUGGACCUAGGAGAAUUCACACAGUAAGGGUACGUGGAGGGAAUAAAAAAUACCGUGCUCUGCGUCUCGAUGUUGGAAACUUCUCUUGGGGGUCUGAAUGUAAGUGCAAAAUGGCUCCUCUGUGUGGCAUUAGCUAGGAUGGUACAUACUAGUGACCUGGAAGCUAAAACAAGAGAACAGUGAUGAUAACUUUGACCUUAAGAGAGUUUUGGUGAAUUCCUAAACUCUCGGUGAUGGUGGUGUCAUAGUUACCCUGAGUGAGUGCAUUGUUGCUUCAAGGGCGGUUAUGUAAAUUUAAAGGGGAAACAAAAUUGUUUGUAUACUACAUUUGAGGUGUAUUUUCCCAAGAAUUUUAUUGUGUGAAUUGAUUUUGAUCACAGAUGCUGUUAAACAUUGAGUAAUGCUGUGAGAUGUUAAAGAUGGAUUGAAAAACUUCAAUUCUGUGGCCAAGGGACAAGAAGGGAGGAGGCCUGGUCUAAACAUUUUGUGGCUACAGAGACAAUAACAGGCAAAGAAAAUCCCCUGCUGCGAAAAUCAAAUACUGAGUGUACAUUGAGUGUGAUUCCUUAUUGGUGCCUUGGAGCGCCUAUUUGGGUUAGUCUGCCCAAAGUUUCUUACUUUAUGGAAGUGUCAGAUUACAAUCUUGUUACUAUUUUUUUUCUAAUUGGUGGAGAUUAUUCACUUGAUUGCAGAUUCUGUAUUUCCACCAUUCCAUAUUUAAUAUUGAACUUGAUCAUUAAAAUUUUGUGCAGAUGGGCAAUUGGAACACACCUUUUCAUUAAUUGAUUGUAGACCAUUGGCUUUUGACCAAUAUUCCAGACUAUCUUCCAAAGGCAAAAGGUAAUCAUAAAUUUAAAAACAGAAGGUACAGGCACACGUUCAGUUGACGUGGAACCUUCAACUCGUGGGUUGUUUUCGACCUGGAAGGGGGCGGGGUGGGCUUAUGUGCGCUCUACCAAUGUGUGAAGGCCCAGAACGCAACCCAUUCACAGACAGGGAAUUGUUUGUAAAGCAUUUGCCUUUCACAGAAGGGGAUAAGUUGUUCUACUGAAAUCGGGAAAUACUGCACAUUUCUAGGACUGCUUCUAUGCUGUUGUUUUGUCUUACAGUAGUAAGUGCAGAAAAUGCUCCUUCCCUAUGGUACUGGUCUGUAACAGAUUAUAUUUUUUAAAAGUUGAGGUUUGCAGAAAGAGUGGGUUGGUUAAACUUGGGUCUGCGGAAAUUCUUUCCAAAUUGUAGUAUGCAAAUUCCAAUUUUCCUCAAGAUCUUUAAAUGGGUGUUUUAAAAGUAGAUGUAAUAGAAACUUCACAGCUGUAUUUUUAAAGCAGAAGCUGUAUAGAUCCUGCAAAUUUCAACCUCCAAGGGGAUUUCGGGGCCUAUGGUUUUUAUGUACAUGAGAGGCUCUUUUGCCAUGGAUUUGUAUUUUGUUCUUGGAAUUUGUAACAUGGUCUCUUCUCUUUACAGGCUGUACCCGCAAAACCAGAAUCAUUGAUGUAGUGUACAAUGCGUCUAACAAUGAAUUGGUGCGCACAAAGACCCUGGUCAAAAAUUGCAUUGUCCUUAUUGACAGCACACCAUACCGACAGUGGUAUGAAGCCCACUAUGCCUUGCCACUCGGGCGCAAAAAGGGUGCCAAGUUGGUAUGUAUUAAGUGGGUCUGCAGAGGCAGAUGGUUGUCCUGUGCUUUUUAAUUGUUAAGUGUUCAGCCACUGUGCCCUAGAGUUUAGGGUUCUUCUGUCUUCUGGUGAGGAUACCUUUGUCCAGUUCUGCUUCUGAAUGGAGAGUGAUGACUGACAUUAAUCUGAAGAAGACAUCUGACCACCCUCCAUUGUUGGUUCUUGUCCAGUUACAGCAUCUCUUUGCUGAUAUGGGUACAGAUGUUUUGAAUUAAAAAUUCAGAAAGUUAAAUGAAUUCUUGAUGUACACAGUGCAGGUACUGGCUCUUUCUAUUACUUGUCACUUGGCCAGGCUCAGAUCCUCAAUAUUGUAAUCAUAGAAUCUUAAGAGUUGGAAGGGACCCCAAGGGUCAUGUUGUCCAACCCCCUGCAAUGCAGAAAUCUCAGCUAAAGCAUCCAUAACAGAUGGCCGUCCAACCUCUGUUUAAAAACCUCCAAGGAAGGAGAGUCCACCACAUCUCCACUGCUGAAUAGCUCUUACUGUCAGAAAGAUUUUCUGAAUGUUUAGUCUGAAUCUCCUUUCUUGGAACUUGAAGCCAUUGGUUUGAGUUCUACCCUCCAGAGCAGGAGAAAACAAGCAUGCUCCCUCCUCCAUGUGACAGCCCUUAAAAUACUUGAAGAUGGCUAUCUCCUCUUUUUCAGGCUAAACAUUCAAGCUCCUUCAAUCACUUGUUAGUAAAUUAUAUACUGCUUAAUGCCAAAUGAGACUUCUAUGUUGGUUACAAAAACCAAUUACAUAGACAUUAAAUGGGUGAAAUUCUGGGAACUGACUUAUCAGUUGAACUCCAGUUCUAUUCACAUGCUUCUGCUCUUGUUCCAGACUCCUGAGGAAGAAGAAAUCUUAAACAAGAAGCGUUCAAAGAAAAUUCAGAAGAAGUAUGAUGAAAGAAAAAAGAAUGCGAAGAUCAGUAGUCUUCUGGAGGAGCAGUUCCAGCAAGGGAAGCUACUUGGUGAGACUCUGAAACAGGAAAGGGUGCUGUGUUUGCCAGUAGCCUAGGUGCUGUGGUGGGUGGAUGCUGUUUUAUCUUAUAGUUAUUAUAAAAUUGCAUUUUAUUACCUUCUGGAUUUCAGGAAACCCUAUGGUACUAAUUCAGCAAAUCUGACUUUGCAUUGCUGAUUUGCUCAUUCAACUCUUGGAAUAGUAGUUGGCAAAAGCUGAGAGACUCUACUAGAAAAGUGUUACAGGCUUUUCUCAACCACGAUUGCCACAUGUGUAAAGUCAUUCAAGUGGCAGGCAACAUUGUGUUCCCUGGUGUUUUGAAGUUGGCCUUGUGACGAAAACUUUGUCCAGUUCUGCUGCUGAAUGCAAGUGGUGACAAUUCAAAUUCUGAAGGUGACUUCAUCAGGAUGGUUUGGUGGUUCCUUAGACUUUGCAACUUGGGGAGGGGAGAUGGUAUGAUCCUCCCACCCACCCCAAUUUGGAAAAAAGAUGGGUUCAUUAGCAUUAAAUUGCUUUGUCUCAAGAGGUUAGCAAUGAUGUCCUGGCAUGAAAGACUGGCAAGAAGUACAUUACACAGGGAAAAGCAGCCCAGUUCUUCUUACUUGAUACUUCCCCAUUUCUAAUAUGAUUUCGUUUUGCAGCUUGUAUUGCCUCCCGGCCUGGGCAGUGUGGUCGAGCAGAUGGAUACCUUCUGGAAGGCAAGGAACUAGAAUUCUACCUGAGGAAGAUCAAAGCCAGGAAAGGCAAAUGAACAGUCACUGUAUCUAAUGUGCUGAAUAAAUACCUACAGAGUCUUGUAUAAAUGAUUGAUGUGAUUAUUUAUGGACAGUGAGGCAAAGACUUGAGUAUGGUUUACUGUGACCAUGUGAACGUGUUGGUUGCUGAUGAGGAGCUCACACCUACGUAGCUUUCUCCCAGGACUUUUAAGUGCUAUGGGAUGAAAGCUAAUGCAAGGUUUGUCUUAAUAUGUCUUCUAAACCUGGGAUCCUAGUUAGGGUUUCUCCUCCUUAACCAUGAUCUGUAGCCAAUGUUUGUCCUGUGGUUACACGUUGUGGUUAAGGAGGAGACACAGUAACCAGGAUCCUGGGUUUGGACAAAAUACUAAGGCCAGACAUUUGUUUAGCUGCUGUUCUACAUUGAUACUAAAAACCCAGGGAGCAGUUGCUUCCUCCUGUUUAGGAGCUAGUGCAUUCACACUAAGUAUGCUUGUAUGGAAGUUUUUUUAAAAAAAUGAGUGAAAGUUGUUUGACUUGGAAGCGUCAUCCGCUUUAAAAAGCACAUGCUGUUGUAAUGGUAGGGUCAGGCUUUUCCUUACCACUAUACUAAAAUGCCACCCUUAGAGCUGUGAUUUUGGCAGGCAGGAUUGCCGAACGGGAUUCUUCACGGUGUAGAAUUGGUAGUCUCCAAAUGCCAUCAGGCAUGCCUACUAAUACUACUCCCUCCAACAUGCAUUGAGGGGGUGUGGGUUCACUUUUGUUUAGAAUAGUAUAUAAGUAACUAAGGACUUAAUGACCAUCAAUCUGCCAUGGUUGUUUCAUUUGUGUGUUGAGUACUCUGUAGUAUAACAGCAGCAAAGUUUUGCUUUGCAUUUACGUCUUUGCUAAAUUGCCCAAGUCUUAAAGCUAAUAACUGUUAAGUUUCCCUGAAUAGGGUUGAAGCUCUAUACUUAGGUAUGAUGAACUCUCAUUAUACAGUAUGGCGCUAUAAAUGUCAGCAGCACAGGUGUGUUGUCUUCUAUUUGUUCUCCCAGUUCCCUUGCAACAUGAGCUUUGUAGUGUGCACUUCAAAAUAUCCUGCUUUUGGUGGCCCCAUGGAGAACAGAUUUUCAGAGCCUUCAUCCUCUUCCAAUGCAUAGCAUAUGUUUCUAAUGAUUAGGUAUGUGCACAGGGUAUUAAUGAAUGGAAGCUGAGAAAAUUAUUAAUGCGUUUGUUGUUGGCAGUUGAACUGCCAAAAUUGGAAGCUGUUAGUUGAAUUUUUUACAUGAUUAUUACUACAUUUAGCGACAAAACAACUGGUGCACUGCUAAGUGUCUAGAUUGUCUUCUUCGUGACAUUCUGGUCUCAUUCCAGUGCAAGAUUAACUCCCUUCUAGCAGAAGGGCCAGGCCUCUUUCCAAAAGUCUGGUCCUUUCGAAGGCUGGGAACAAUACUAUCUUCUAACAAGAUACAUUUUCAUCAGUUUGAGAGGGUAAGGACCAGUUCUAUGAAUGGGAGCAUGGAUCUCUAAGAACAUACCAGACAAAUAAAUGGCUUGCUUAUAUGGGUUUGGACAGAGAGCAAAUCUCCAGACUUCCACAUAACUUUACAGAAAGCAUAUGCAGCUAGAUACAGUGCUCAUCCCACUACUAAAAUUUUACAGUAAUAGUCUAAAAUCAAAGUUGGAGUUAACUUUUAUUCAAGAGAUUAUCCUAAGAAAUUUAUUUUGUGUGUAUAGCUCUAGGAAUGCUCAUAUGGUCAGAUUUCAAUGCCUUCAUUCAUAGCCCCUUCUCAGGCUGCACUUUCAAAUACGCUUACUAAGAAGUAAGCCCCAUUGACCUAUUUACUAAUAAAUAUGCAUAUUUAUACUAAUAGGAGGAGGGAGAGAGUAAUCCUGUACAUGCUUACUCAGAAGUAAAUUAUUUUGAGUUCAUUAACUCAGGUAAAUAAGUAUAGGAUUGCAGCCUUACAAUAAACAUUUUGAAAGUAAGCUUUGAAUUUGUUUCAUUGUUCUUCCCUAGAAUUUCCUCCUACAUUUCAGUUUAACCACACACAUUUCUCUAUUGAAAAAAACCUUUCAGCUAUUUAUACAGUAUGUAAAAUUAACAUUUCUUAGAUUUGUUCGAUAAAUAUAAAUAAACUAAACUAAAUUAACUCUUCAACUGAGUGCUGAUUCCAAAAAGCUGCAUCACUGCAAGUACCUGUUUAUUCAAGCUUUUUUUUACCUGUUCAAGGACAACCCUGCUAGGUAAAAGGAUGAUGUUUGUAUGUGUGUUCACAUGUCAGUACUUUCUUCCUAUUUUGAGUGUGUGGCUUUCAAUAUGAGAAUGGGCAGCUGCAAAUCUUUGGCAUUAGUGUUUUUAUCCCUUGAUGUAUGCAUGUUUAGAUAGGGCAAGUUUCUCUUGUAUAUACUGGACCUGUGUGGCUUGAGUGGGACAUUAGUCCUAAAUUCUGCCUUAAAAAGAUUGGGCCUUAGUUAGAUGGUUGGUCACUGAUACUGAUCUCAUCUGGGGGCUCCACCACUGUAAUGCUGGGCAACUCUUUUCUCAGAUUCUCAGCGUUUGUGUUCUUAUGGGGGACUUUGAGGUGGGAGCCAGGGGAGGAGGUUUCACUAAGUCUGGUCUCUUCCAUGUCUUCUUCGUCAAUGCGACCAACUGCUUCAGGAUCUUCCCUGCGAUAGAAGCUGGGGCUGGAAGAGGGGAAAGUGCCCUCAGUCCUUAGGCGCAGUAGCUGGGGAUGCUGCAUCCGACUGCCCUUGCCAAAAUUUUUGAGGCUGACUGCAGGAGAGGCAGCUGCAGUGAGGAAGCGGUUGAGCAGGGGAGUCUGAAUGCGGCUCAUGCUGGGUGAUGCUUCCACCUGCUGGCUCUGCUCUGGGUCAUCACUCAUCCUGCAGAAGGGGAACAGACUGGGUGAAGUAAACACACCUGAUUGAAGCACUGAAAUUAGCCCAUACCAUCAGAAUGGUCAGAUUUCCUACUAUGAAAUUCAAAGGAAAAUGAUGCAACAGUGGGGUGGAUGCAUUCAUACAAUCUUGCCAAAUGAUCUGAUAUUGUUGUAGGUUCUUGUAUCUAAAAAGUGGUUGGGCCCGUUAGCUAACCAGGAUUUGGAUUAGGCCACUUUGCCAUUUUUGGAUGUGGCCCUGUGUUGCUCACAGUAUGCAUCCUGUGUUCAUUAUGCAUUGUGUAAAUAUUCCCUCUUAACUGGAUUCAGGGCUAAUUGUAAAAGCUCUAUAAGUAAAGGCUGAGAUGGUAAAAUGCAAUCCAGGAAAAUGGUCCCCUCCCUUAUAUCUGAUGGAAGAGAUUGUAUCUGGCAAAGUUGCCAGGCUCAGGUUGUCAGCCUUUUGCCAUGGCAACAUAGCUGAACUUACCGCAUGUCAAAGGUAGAACCCAUGAAGGAAGGUUUCAAGGUCUCUGCCACUGUGGCCAUUGUGUACGGGGGCUGAGCUGUAGAUUCAUUCCAGUAUUUGUCUUUUCCAGUUGGUGGUAAGUUCUGAUACAUGUCAUCCACUGAAAGCAAAGACACCUGAGCAGACAAAGGAAUAUUUCUCAUCAAAGACCUGCAUAAGACUUGUAAUUGCUUUAAUUACAAUUGUGCUUUAAUUACAGUUGUGCUUUAACACAAGGUUCUCAAUAGGAAAAAGUAUCAAAAGAACACCAGCAAUAUAAGAGGCAGCUAAAUAAAAAUGCUUCUGUCUCAGAUCGACAGUUGCACCCUUUAUAUUACUAAGAUUGAUUACAUUUAUUCGUUGCUUUGUACAAAAAGUCUCAAAGUGACUUGCAGAUCUGUAAAACAAAAAUCAUUUAAUAACCAGGGAAAAAAGAUCCAAUUAACAAGAUCUUGGAAUGCUCCUCAUGAUACUACAAAAGGGACAAAUUGCCUCACUCUAAGUGCCACUUUUUCUGUGUGUUACUAGAGAUUUGAAGUAAGCAAUUGGUUGUCCCAAUAAAAGGUGAAUUGGGUUAUGUCCAAGCCUACAAGGGGAUUGUGUGUACUAUCAAAGAAAGUAUCCUGUCAAAAGUGUGGGAAGGGGAGCAUUAAUAGACAAACUGAAUAUUCAGGGCGCUAUAUUCAGCAUGUGGGUAAAGACAAUUGAUUCUUUGAUAUAUGGUCUAUUCUGCAUCCAUUGCUUUGCAUAAAAAGUUUAGAGAAAGUUAAAGGUUCAGACUGUGGAGAGCAGAAAUGGGAAAGAAGGUAUACACAGAGGUAGAACAGUAUAGAUGACAAAUAGUUUACCAGAUUUUUCAGGCCAGCCUGGCAGUCAUUAAGCAUUAUAUGAAAAAAUACUCAAACACCCAGGACGCCAAGUUGUAUGCUGGAUAUACCUGUGUGAAGUGUGACUAGGCCUUUGUUUUAAGACUCACUUGAAGGUUCCUGUCUAUCAAUUUGUUAGUUUCAAAGUCAUCGUCAUCCUCUCCGAAGGGAUUAAUUAUCUGCUCUGCCACCUAUAGGAAAAGAAAGGUGUAGCAUAUGAAUAUUCCAUAUUUGAAUGUGGGAGGGAACUGAGUGGCAUUAGGGCUAUCCUUUUUUGUAAAUUUUAGCAGGCAGCCCUUCUAAGCACAGUCUCAUCUAGCUUGUCUUCACUGCCAAUGGCAUUCUCUGGAAAACAGAGACAAACAUUGCAAAGCAUUCUGCUUUGAUGUGAUUAAAAAGUAUUAAAGAGGUAGCUGAGCUGCUAUGUUGCAUAUACUAAUACGCUUGCUAGUUCUUUGGGUGCUGGUUCCUAUCCAAAAUGACAGUGUGCACACACACACAAAACAGUGCUUGCAAUCCAGAACAGUGAAGCUGCUGUAUUUUAGCCAUGUUCAUGCCUGAACACACAAAUGUUCAAACUGCGAAUGGGGUGGGUGGCAUGUUGCACAUGCAACCCUUUAGCAUCCCCAUGUGCAUGAAACCUCCCUCAUUGAGAUUUACUGGGGUCCUUGAUCUUACGGAGGAUUCUAGUCCAGUGGGCACAAGAAGUCCUCUGCAGACCUUACCCACUCAUCAGAAAGGCUGGGGACUGAGCAGCCGCAAUCAGAACAGUUUACUUCUUCAGGUGAGCAUCUGACUUGCACCUUCUGUUGCAAGUCUUUGCUCCCUUUAUUUCCAGCAUUUAGGCUGUGAGUGUUGUUUGUGUAGGCAAAUCAUCACCACCCUGCUACAUGGAGAGGUAACAGCAGGCUGGGGGAACCUUACAGUGUGCAAAGGUUUAAAAGACCUUCAGGAUAAGGGACCAUAAGGGGAGGAACCACAAUAAACCAGUCCAGCGAGGAUUGCACAUGCUCAGUCAGGAUGCUGACUCAAUGGCAGGGAGAGUGGAAUUGAGGCUGGAAUGGAAGAACACCCCCAACCCACUUCUCUUUUCAGUACUGUAAAAUCCAGAAGGGACAGAAUCUGCAGAUGGGGACAGCCUCUUGCGCCCCUGAAUCUUCUCAUCUGGUUCAAACAAUGCAUGGGACUCAUUGAUGCUCACACCAACUCUGUCUCAGCACCCCAUAUCUUAUACAGUGGUACCUCGGGUUACAUAUGCUUCAGGUUACAUACGCUUCAGGUUACAGAUUUCGCUAACCCAGAAAUAUUACCUCGGGUUAAGAACUUUGCUUCAGGAUGAGAACAGAAAUCGUGCUCAGGCAGUGCAGCGGCAGCAGGAGGCCCCAUUAGCUAAAGUGGUGCUUCAGGUUAAGAACAGUUUCAGGUUAAGAAUGGACCUCCGGAACGAAUUAUGUUCUUAACCCGAGGUACCACUGUAAUUUGAAGACUGAAGAUCAAGUCAAAUGAAGCCAUCUUCAUGGAAAAUGGGAGCCAACAUCCUCACCUUCAGCCAACCAGCAUAGAAGAAGAACUGUAGAAGAGUGGGUAAGGGAACAUACAGAUCUAGGUCCUCAUCUUUUUUUGUCAUUGUUUUGUUUUGACUUGGGUCCACAGGUUGUAGGAACUGACGCCCAAUCACACACAAAGCAAAGAAGGAAUAGACAGCAAUGGUGACCACCUGUGGAGAAGCGGCUGUUAAACAUUUGCCAGGGUUUCAAGAGAGCAUCAUGGAACUAUGCUUUUCAUUGCAGAAACCAAAACAUUCUCCUGCAGUACAGGAGGUCUGCACAUUAUGCCCUAGCAUGUCCUGCGCAUCCUACCAAUUCAAAAACAAUUAAACUGGCA